AUGAAUAUAUCCAAAGUGGAAACAAAUGACCUAGUUGUCACUACUACCAACACAGGAAUAUUUAGCUCAUCAGAUUCCGAAAAAGCAAUUUGGAAAUCGCAUAAUUAUUUAGAUCAAGAAAUAAAAAUCAGUGAAGAUACGUGGCGAGACGAUUUAAUUCCUCCAAUACUAAGAUUCCCAUUCGCAACAUUGAUGAUAUCAUCAGAUUAUGAGAAAAAUGCCAAACGACAAACAAGAAAUGGCAAAGAUGGACCCACGAGAUUUCCGGAUUAUAUGUGGACCCUGAUAGGAAAAAUAUUUAAAUAUAGAUAUGAAUUGUUGUUUAUUGAAGUAUCAUAUGGUACAAGAGCAACAGGAGAAGAACUCAACGAUAUCCCUGAAGGAGAGAUCGAAUCGACUUGGGAUGAAGUUGUUGAUAAUUUUGAUAAUAUGAAUCUAAAGCCCGAGUUGCUUCGUGGUAUUUAUGCAUAUGGUUUCGAAAAACCAUCUGCAAUUCAACAAAGAGCCAUUAUCCCAGUUAUAAAAAAUCAUGACGUGAUCGCUCAAGCACAAUCUGGAACGGGAAAAACCGCCACAUUCUCAAUCUCCAUUCUUCAAAAAAUCGACAUGUCAAUCAGUCAAUGCCAGGCACUUAUUCUUGCACCGACUCGUGAACUGGCGCAACAAAUUCAAAAAGUGGUGAUCGCGCUCGGCGAUUUUAUGAACGUUGAGUGUAACGCGACAAUUGGCGGCACGAAUGUUCGUGAGGGAAUCAAGAAACUAGAGGCUGGUGCUCAUGUAGUUGUCGGUACCCCGGGACGUGUAUUCGAUAUGAUUAAUCGUAGAGCUUUGAAAACCGAUUCCAUAAAGAUGUUUGUGCUUGAUGAGGCGGAUGAAAUGUUGUCACGUGGUUUCAAAGAACAAAUAUAUGAUGUUUUUCAAUUACUUCCACCAACUACACAAGUUGUUCUUUUAUCCGCUACCAUGCCAUCUGACGUUCUUGAAGUUUCCAAUAAGUUUAUGCGCGAUCCUGUUAGAAUUUUGGUCAAACGUGACGAAUUGACAUUAGAGGGUAUUAAGCAAUUUUAUAUUUCGGUUGAAAAAGAAGAAUGGAAACUUGAUACAUUAUGUGAUUUAUACGAAACAGUCACCAUCACCCAAGCCAUUAUUUUUUGUAAUACCAGAAGAAAAGUAGAUUGGUUGACUGAUAAAUUACAUUCUAGGGAGUUUACUGUUUCGGCUAUGCAUGGUGAUAUGGAUCAGGCUCAACGAGACGUUAUCAUGAAAGAAUUCCGGUCAGGAUCUUCUCGUGUACUUAUUGCUACUGAUAUUUUAGCUCGUGGUAUUGAUGUUCAACAAGUAUCAUUGGUUAUUAAUUAUGAUCUUCCUACAAAUCGUGAAAAUUAUAUUCAUCGUAUUGGUAGAGGAGGUCGUUUUGGUAGAAAAGGUGUUGCUAUCAAUUUUGUUACUAGUGAUGAUGUUAGAAUGCUUAGAGAUAUAGAACAAUUUUAUAAUACACAAAUUGACGAAAUGCCAAUGAAUGUGGCAGACUUGAUUUAA